GGAUGAUGUCAUCCUCCGCAAUGCAUAUUGGGAGCGAAGACGGCCAUUUUCCGGUGUCGAUGGCGGACUGCAGACGAAGACAACGAAAACCGCACCUUAUUUCGCACAAAUUAUGAACACUAUAAGUCAGAGAUACCAGUAGAUAGAUUUAUCGGGCGCCAGAGAAACUAAUAGAGCUGCUCGGGAUGAAGAUGACAACAAAUACUACCAUUUCACAGGAGGAACUUUUAACGGACACAAAGACUGUAACGAAAGGCUUAGAGACUCUGAAAUCAGAGCACAAUGGCAUCCUGGGCUCCUUGUUGGAGUCGCUUAAGUCCAUCAAGAAGGAAGGAGUGGACUCCAACCUGGUGGAGGAGAAGGCGGCCAUCAUCAGGAAAUCACUGGAACAGAUAGAACUGGGCCUGGGAGAGGCACAGGUGAUGGUUGCCCUUGCCAACCACCUGAAUGCAGUGGAGUCUGAGAAGCAGAAGCUGCGUGCGCAGGUGCGGCGGCUGUGCCAGGAGAACGCCUGGCUGCGGGACGAGCUGGCCAACACGCAGCAGAAACUGCAGAUGAGCGAGCAGAACGUGGCCCAGCUGGAAGAGGAGAAGAAACAGCUGGAGUUCAUGAACUCUCUCAAACAGUAUGAUGAAGACAAGACACCCACAGAUGAUGACCAAUCAGAGGCCUCGAGUCAAACACUAGAUGACCUGUUCCCAGAUGAAAGUGAAGAUUCCCAAGCAGGAGGAGGCCCUAACCUUUGGGCUCUUCCCCUCCCUGCAGUCUCCCCACAGAUGAGCAGCGCGGCUGCGGCGGCACAGCAAGGCGGGUACGAGAUCCCGGCGCGGUUGAGAACGCUGCACAACCUGGUGAUCCAGUACGCCUCGCAGGGCCGGUACGAGGUGGCCGUGCCGCUGUGUAAGCAGGCGCUGGAGGAUCUGGAGAAGACGUCAGGUCACGACCACCCGGAUGUCGCCACCAUGCUCAACAUUCUCGCUCUAGUUUACAGGGACCAGAAUAAGUACAAGGAGGCAGCAAACCUGUUGAACGAUGCUCUGGCCAUCAGAGAGAAGACACUUGGGGAGGAUCAUCCAGCUGUUGCCGCCACCCUCAACAACCUGGCUGUGCUUUAUGGCAAGCGGGGGAAGUACAAGGAAGCUGAGCCACUCUGCAAGAGAGCCCUGGAGAUCAGAGAAAAGGUUCUUGGGAAGGACCACCCUGAUGUGGCCAAGCAGCUGAACAACCUGGCCUUGCUUUGCCAGAACCAGGGCAAAUAUGAGGAGGUGGAAAUAUACUAUCAAAGAGCAGUUGAGAUUUAUACCCGCAAGCUAGGACCAGACGAUCCAAACGUUGCCAAGACCAUGAACAACCUGGCUUCUGCCUACCUGAAGCAGGGGAAGUACAAGGCAGCCGAGACUCUGUACAAGCAGGUCUUGACACGGGCCCAUGAGAAGGAGUUCGGAGCUGGCUCUGACAGUAAACCCAUCUGGAUGCAUGCAGAAGAGAGAGAAGAGAACAGGGGAAAGUUCAAAGACACUCCAUAUGGUGACUAUGGUGGUUGGCACAAGGCAGCCAAAGUUGACAGGUACAGAGUCCCCACGGUAACAACUACCCUGAAGAACCUGGGCGCUCUGUACCGGCGCCAGGGCAAGUACGAGGCUGCCGAGACUCUGGAAGACUGUGCCCUCAGAUCGCGUAAACAGAACUGCAGUGUAAGUCAAGGCUCCACUUUCUCCACCCUGUGUGGCUCGGUAGACAAUGAGGCGCUAGAUAUCGUACGGGACACCAAAGUCCGUGAAAUCCUGAACGAGACGGGAACACAGGACGGAGACGAGAAGAGAAAGCGUGAGAAGUCACGUGAGCGCGGGGACUCAGAUAGUGUGUCGUAUGAGAAGCAUGAUGGGACGGAAGAAGUGAGUAUUGGCGCGGAGUGGAGCGGGGAUGGUAAUGGCAAGCUCAAACGUAGCGGAUCAUUCUCCAAACUGCGUGCAUCCAUCCGACGCUCCAGCCAGAAGCUCUUCAGUAAGGUGCGCGGGGGCUCCGAGUCAAAAGAAACCGGUGGAAGUGAGGGAGCGGAGGGGCUGGAGGAUGGUGCAGAAGCGGGUGCCGUGGGAAGUGACCGCCCCACGUCCUGGCUCAUGUAGGCCCAAGGCCCGACAUCCUGGUCCUGCAGGGAGGGAGGCUCAGUGCUGUGAUUGACAGCUGUCCAUCAAUAUUGUAUCAGUGAAACCACUGGUGCUGCACUUGUAUGUUUGAGUCACACUAUCGGCAAGACAAAAAUGGAAAUGAAAGGCUGACAAUUAUGACACUAAAUUUAAGUUUUAAAAAAGGCUCUGCAAAUGGAGCUGUUGUCAGCUGAUAAAGCAUCUGUUUUUUAGGUGUCUUAGGGAGUGCUUGUGGAAGGUAUAACCAGAUAAUGGACAUGGAAAAUCUAAGUUUCCACAUCAUCUAAUGAAGGAAAGCAAGCUCAGUAACCUUCUAGAUUUACAUGGAUUGCCUUUCUUUAAAAUACUUGAUGUUGUCAGGUUGGUUGAUUGACAGCUAACUAUCACAGCACGAGCCAUCCAUUCCUGUACAGACCCAGGCUUCCAUUCCUGGAUUCUAUGGUGCAGAGUGAAGCCAACCUUUAUCAAUGUAUGUGUCAGUAUGAAGCAGUGUGCACUGCUGCCGUCAUUGCCUUAUAUCCAUUUCUUAUAUGAUAAUGCUGUAGUCCGUGAUCAUGAGGGGGAGAGGGCACUUUACUUGUUUUUGAUGUACUGAAUUACAAUUCGAUUUUGGAAGGAAUGUUAUGUAAAUUAUUCUUUUAAAGUUGUCCUACAAGGUAGAACUUCGAACAUUUUUGCGUGUCUACUUUAGGGAUCCGAAGAAAGUUGUGGAUGUACAAAAUAUAUCAGUUGGGUUAAUGAUGCCGUCCACCUCAAUUUAUAAUGGAUACAAUGCAAAACAAAUAUCCUUUGAUUCUGUACUUUUCACAUUUUGUUUCCCACAAAAAAUUCAAAGAUGUGAAAUGAACCAAUCACUGGCCAGGAACAGUUUCUCCAUCUUAUGUAAAAUUGGGCAUUGGUAUUUCCCAAUGUUAUCAGUAUAAUGGUUCUAAUGAAGGUAUCUCUCUCAUGAGCAUGGAUUACAGCUUGAAUUCUAAUCUUAUUGUUACAAUCACUAAAUUAAUGAAUUUGUUAAUUGCAGGUCACAAUAAUUGUGUAAUGAAUAUAGUGACCAGAGCCAAAUUUUUGUACAAUCACUUAUGCAAUGUAAUGCAAAGUCUCAAUAUAAUAUAUAGAGAGGUACAAUGGCAGAAAUAACUCUUGUACAUGUGAAAGUACAGUAUGUGUGGUUCAAGUGACAGGAAUGGCCUUUUUGGCUGUAUGUCUAGCAGUCAUGGCACAUUGUGGCGAAUCACAAACAUGUUGCCACCUGUGUAAGUAGAAAAUAAUGUUGCAAAAUAGACGGUUGUCUUCCUUGGUUGUAUAGACACUUUCUCAGGUUGAUUUAUGACAGAUGGUCACUGGUAGCAAGAUGAAAAUGUUGUGUCCAGUUUCGAUAGUGAGCUGCAAAGCUGCAGGAUUUUACAUUCCCUGCAGCUCAUUGUGUGGCAGGUGGCUGUGGCAAGAAAUGAUGUACAGAAAUGAUUUGAAUUGCCACAGAUAGAUGGCCACACUGUGGUACCCAGCACAACCAUCAUGGCUAUGCUGAAUGGCAGUGAUGGACAAUGACAUGACUGGGGAUGAACCGUUAUGGAUUUGGGAAACAUCUUGCUUUGAAUUUAACACUAAAAGAGUUCUUACUCAAGCAAUUCUUGUGUCUUGAAAUAGCAAACUUUAAAAAAAUAUAUACUGUACUGUAUUACAACAAUGCUUUUGGAUGACAAAAGAAAGUAGUGGCUGAAGAUGAUACUGGCACCCAGUCCUGGGGGAAGUAAUGAAUUGUCCCUGGGCUACCAAGAUGAUGGAUGUAUCUUGAUGUGAUUCAUCCCCCUAAUGAAAUUAACGCAUUUUAUGGACCAGCCAAUCAGCGCCCAUGUGACCGCUCAUGUCACCUUCCCACUGCUGAAAUGUCGUGUUUGUGCCUGCACGUUUGGUGACAGCGGAGCCCGUGUCUUCUUUGGUGUGUCUUGGAAAAGUGCCCAGUCCGUUAGCUUGCAUGCUUGUCUUUCCGUCCAGCAAGAUGCCAGAAGUGCAGUCUAAUUACAGCAUGCUGAGCUUCUCAACAGCAUCCAUUAGCCAUGUUAGCCUCCCCAGCUUUUAUGGUUUGUCUUGUUACCAUCUGACGUCCGUUGGCUAGGGAAGGAUAGGUUACUUUUGCCCGUUCAAGUCACGUUCAGAGUUAGCAGGAGACCACAAGGACAAACUAAUCAGAUAUUUCAAGUACAGACCAAGGUUUGGUGUCCAUCAGGAACACAGUGUGACAAGUGAAGUAUGCGCUGUGAUUGCCAAUUUGGUUGUUGGUGUCAGUUGGUAAAUCAAGAUGUAAUACUGUGGAAUUGAUAACAUUUGAAAUUCAAUUCUUAAAGAGAAGUAGAGAGGUCUUUGCUACCCAUUGUUUUGCAGUUUUGUCAAUCUUUGGAAACAAGCAUCACAAUUGUAGUGUGAUAAGUUAAGACCUUUCUCUUAAAAGAAGGGUGCCAGUUUUGUUCAUGUUCUUUCCACUCACAAGUUGUGUUUUUUUCCAAUGUGACAAUCAAUGUCUAGGAAGUAUAGGAGUUUGUCCAACAUUGUUGAUGGCUAUGUCAUCAUCUUUCUACUUCUCUGUUCAAAAUGUAAGUUAAAAUAGAAAUCAAAGGGUUUGCUGUUAAUCAAAAGAAAAGUAUAUCUGGGGUUAGGAAGGACUACCACAAUGAACUCUAUGUCCUUGUACAGGACUAAAAUUGCUGUAUACUAUUUUAACACUGAUUUCAUCAGAAUUUACCCAUGGUCACUAAUUAAAUGUAAAAGACUGUGUAUGGCUCAUUGUGGAUACCUCUCCUGUUGAAUCGGUUAUUCAAUGUAGUCAGCAUCUACAUUCAACAGAUGUAGAGACCACUCCUUGAUGAUAUGAUUGAAGACAUUGGUUAAAAAAAUAGACAGGUGGUUGUGAUUAUUGAUAUGUUUGUUUCAAUAAGCAUAUAUAUAUAAGGAGGUAGACAUAAACAUUGUUAAUUGUCACAUUUUGUUGAUGUGCUUCCCAUUACUUUGAAUGGGUUUGUUGUGAAAGCAAGGUUGUAAAUGUUUGACAAGAAAUGUCAGAUGAAGAUAUAUGGAAAGAGAGCUUUUAUUGACCAGACUUGUUUGUGAGUUUUGUUGAUCUGAUAAUGAACCAUACCCAAUACAUUUGGUUUGAGAGUAAUGACUUUCUUAAGAGUAUAUUUAAAUUCAUAUAAAUAUUUCAGAACUUUAACCUAAAUGAAGUCUGGGCAAAUGAAGGGUUAUCUUCUCCAUACAGGUGUAUUUGUAUUUAUAUUUGCAGCUUGUAAGCUGUGUAUUGAACCCCAAGAUAGUUUGCUUGGUCUCCUCCAUAUAGAGCCUUACCCUCUUAAAUGCCUUAUCUAUUAUUAUUACUAUGAUUGUUAAGAUAAGAGAUUUGUUGAAAGUAUGACUAUUUUUGUAUGUUUUUACCAUUAAUAAUGAGGUCUUCCAUGAGGAGUAUGAAGGCCAUGAAUUCUGGCUAUUCCUGCUAAGUGGAUAGUGUUUCUCCCAUGCCGGAACACAUUUUUGGAACAGUUCUGUGAUAAGAUGAACUCGGGUCAAACUGAUACUCCAGUUCAUCUGAAAUUCAUGGUAACUGUAUUUUGAUUCGUGAUAUUGAAAAUUUUCUGUGCCCUCAUAUUCAUUUCACAAAUUCUUGUACAUUGUUUUUGUCAGACUUUAUACUUGAAAAUGAGUAGUAACGCCCCAAACAAUGGUAUUUUUUGUAUGUCUUAAUCAGUUGAAUUUAUGAAAUAUGUCUGAAGUUUGGUUUACAUUUACCCCAUCUGUUGAUAAAAAAUAUACUGAGGAUCUAUGUGGAAGAUACACUUGUCAAAUGGCCUUCUGCAAUGGUCAGCUGCAGCAGUGAAAAUGUGAUAAGGGUGGAUGACUAUUGUUGAUCAAUGAGAACAUUUUCCCACUGAAACACUUGUGCUGUACAAAAUUUAGUAUAUUGUCAACAUAUUUGCAAGUAUGAAUUGUUUCCUGCUUGUAUGCACAAACUGAUUGAGGACUUGACUGAAAUGACUUGAACCUUACCCCAGACCCAACAGUAUUCUUGAUUGAGUUGUAUAUCUCUGCCUCCAAUCCUGUAGAGGCAUUUGAGAUGAGACAUGUUUCAGGAAGGCAUCUCUGGCUGGUAGCGCUUUGUUGUCAAGCUGUCCAUCUGCAAAUAAACAUCCAGCUAUCAUG